AUGAACUCACGCAGUACAAGCAGUGAUGCAGAAGCUGCAGCAUCCUUCUCAUUCUAUCAUUAUGAUCCGAGUAUGGCUGCUGCGGUUAUCUUUAUCAUCCUUUUCUCGGGAACGACCAUAUUCCACAUAUACCAAAUGUUCCGGACACGGACUUGGUUCUUCAUUCCUUUCGUUAUCGGAUGCAUUUUUGAAAUUAUCGGCUACAUCGGACGCGCAAUGUCCAGUAAAGAGUCACCAAACUGGACUCUUGGACCAUACCUCCUACAAACAUUAUUCCUGCUCCUCGCCCCAGCCCUCCUCGCAGCCUCUAUAUAUAUGUUUCUCGGUCGAAUAAUCUUAGUCUUAGAGGCAGAAUCUCAUGCAAUCAUGCGAAAGAAAUGGUUAACCAAGAUCUUCGUGACGGGUGACGUCCUCUCCUUUCUCUUACAAGGUGCCGGCGGUGGUAUCCAGAGCAGCGGCAACCUCGACAGCAUGAAGCUCGGCGAAAAAAUCAUCGUCGUCGGGCUUUUCGUUCAAAUCUUCUUCUUCGGUUUCUUCAUCGUCACGGCGAGCUCAUUCGACAUGAAGCUGAAGAAAUACCCUAUUCCAAGAUGCUAUUCUACUGAAAUCCCGUGGAGGAAACAUCUCAAUGUGUUGUAUGCGUCGAGUAUGAUGAUCAUGAUUCGGUCUGUCUUUCGCUUGAUUGAGUAUCUACAGGGAAAUAAUGGGUAUUUGCUGCAUCAUGAGGUUUUCUUGUAUAUUUUUGACGCGGUGUUGAUUCUCAUUUCUUCCUUGAUUUUCAACGUCUGUCACCCGAGUGACAUUGGUCGGUUUUUGACAAGUGAAGCGGGUCAUGAGCUCAAGGAUAUUUAUAGUGCUGUGCCUUGA